ACCGGGAUGAGCUCUGGCAGCUAUGAGCCAUUCGGCUCCAAGGCUUCACUUUUUUCUAUGUUGUAAGUUGGAAUCUGACUGUUUUACUUUUUUUUUUUCUUUUUGUUCAGGAGUGGAGCAUGUUGAAGAGGCGAAAAGGAUUCACAAAAGGAGAAGUAAACUGGAGUCAAGGGAAUAUGAUUCAGCUGGGUCGCAUAAGAGAGGUUGAGCAGCUUGUGGAAGAAUUGACUGAAAGACUCAAGCAGCUUAAUCUGCGAACAAUAAGACCUUUGCAUCAAAAGGCCACCACACAGGAGUCUCUUCUCAUUUUAAAGCUUGUGAUCUGCGGUGCAUUCUAUCCAAACUACUUUACAUCAAGUGACAUUGAUGAAGCUGAAGUAAUGAAAGCGAUGUCUGGUCAUGAUCCUUUUACCACUGUUAUAGUCAGGAAUAUGCCUCCCCAUGGUGCUCUGUACCGGUCAGCGAUUGCAAGAAUGUUCAGGCAGUGUGGUAAAGGCAAAGCUCUGUACUUUGAGGAAAGCAGGUUAGUUGAUCCUAGUCUGUGAGCCGUGCUAAACCAUUAAGUUGGUUUAGCUUCUUGGAGAGUUUUUUAGUCGAGACCAGGUUGCAAAUUUUCUGUAACCUGAUGUGACAAGAAUCAAUGAUUUUAAGGAUGCCAUAUGGUCUAGAGGUUUUAAACUCUUACAGGCUAUUCUCAAUAUGUGGUGAAACAAGCUUGAAAUGCACAAGAGCUUGGCAAAUGAGUGAAAACAUCAUCAUAGCUCAUUUAAGAUUUGGUGAAAGCAUCAUGAAAGCUAGUGGUUGAGUGCAAGAGACUGGAUGCACUCUUAUCCUUAAGGCCGGUCUCUUGUGUCUGCUCUGAGUAGCAUAGUACUAUUCAGUCAUGAAGCCAUGAUUGAUCAUCACAGUUAUACACACAACUUUUAAGUUGUGUGGAUCAAAGCA